AUGGUCCGGGGCUUGCGGGGCGCACGGAGCUCGGGAACGUCAGGCAUGGUCCACAGGGCUCACGGAGUUGAUGAGGCCAAGCUACGGUCAUCGAAGAGCUCCAGGAAGCCGAAAAUGCCAACAAUGGUGCCCAGGAAGUUCCAACACAGCCCGCGAGACAAACCGAGCGGUGGCGUGGCAAAACCGACAUGGCAUCACUCUCAGGCAGCCAUCCAGGCCAGAUGUUCUGCAAACCGACCAAAUCGGGCUGCUGUACGGUUGCACCUCCUUUUAUUCAGCCAGACAGCGCAUCCUUCUAUCUUCCUCGGUCUCGUCUUCCACUCGAUUAUUUCCAGUGCCAACCUCCCCUCACUGCUCAUUGCGCGGCAGCUUUCAAGGAAAAGGCCACUCGAGGACAGCUUACAACAGAUCUCUCGGGUCAAGAAGGCGAAGACCAGCGACGAACAUCACGAAGUCCAGACAUAUCUCGCGGCCGCUGACGAGCAGAGCCAGCGUCAGGUACAGCGCGCUGCCCCGGCAUCUCCGUCUCAUCCCGCCUCUCCACUCCUUCUGGUUCAGUCCGACCUCGAAAAGUUGCAGCAAGAACGAGAGAUACGACCGUUGCUGGCACCAUCUGUAUACUCGGAUGGAAAGGUCGAGUACCACUUUGAGCAAAAUGCGAACGCCGUCUCGGAACUAGACACCGAAUGCGGGUUCGUGCCGGCCAUCCUCGGCCAGUGUCGUCGUCCACAGAUUGGGAACAUCUCGUGGAACAACACGAAGUCGAUAACCGAGGACCAAACCGUUGCCCCCCAGCCCGACUUGUACUACAGAUUCCGGAUCCGCGACAUCCACAAGUCCAUCAGUGACCGCAUCGGCCCACUGAUCAUCUCCGAAACCAAAGGUACUCCGGGAGCGCCGUACAUGAUCUACGAAACCGGGGGUCGCCACGAGAGCCUCGAAGUGUUGAAGUACCAAGCAACCCACAGCGCCGCAGCCACUGCUCGUGCUCAGCUCGCUCUCAAGAACUUCGGGCUAGAGGAGCCCGUUUACGACAACGAG